UUCUUGAAGUUGAAGAUGACUUCUCUUCUAGACUUAAAAGUUCACACACUCCUCCUGACUUGGUUUUUCACCCAGCAGGUGACAGGCCUGACUGAGCCUCCCAACCUGGACAUGGCUCCCAAUGCAUUUGAUGAUCAGUAUGAGGGCUGUGUCGAAGACAUGGAGAGAAAAGCACCCCAGCUGUUACAAGAAGACUUCAACAUGAAUGGGGAUUUAAAACGUGAGUGGGAAAAGUCAGAGAAACUAUGGAAGGAGAUAAAAAAUGCAACAAGCACUCCCAAAGGUUUCCAUGACUUCCACGGAACGGCUGUAGUGGCUUACACUGGGAACGUCCACAAAGAUUUUAACAGAGCUGUUAGAGAAUUCAAGAAAAAUCCCGGUGACUUCCAUUACAAGGCCUUCCAUUACUACUUAACAAGAGCCCUUCAGCUUCUGAGUAACCAGAGUUGUCACUCAGUUUAUCGAGGAACCAAGAACAAGUUUCAUUACAGAGGGGACGGCUCUGUCCGGUUUGGGCAAUUCGCUUCCUCCACUUCAGCUCGGAAAAUUGCUGUUUCUUCAACAUUUUUAAGUGAACAAGGGACACUAUUUAACAUCAAAACCUGCUUGGGAGUUGAUAUCAAAGCAUUCUCCUUCUACACUCAUGAAGAGGAGGUGUUAAUUCCAGUCUAUGAAGUCUAUCACAAAGUAACUGUAACACAAAAUGCAAAAGGGUCCGACAUAAUUUUUCUGGAAUCCCCCAAAAGAAAGAAGAGCAACUUCAAUUGCUACUAUAGUGGGUCUAUUGAAACAGACAGUGCCCAUAUGAAAACUCUCUUUCUCCUUCCAUCUACAGGAGCCAGAGACAGCCGGGCAUUCCUGCUGCUUGUGGUGCUACCUGGUCUCCUGGUCCAGCUGCUGCCUCUUGCUGAGCUGUAGCCCUCUCCUGUCUGCAGUUCAUGGGUCUGAGUGUUGAAGGGAGGCCCAGGGGCAAGAACUUGGUGGUUCUCUAAGGUCUGUGGUAGAAUGAAGGGUGCAAUCAUUUUGGGGGAGAUCCACUUUAGUGUUCAUGACUUCCAUAGACACCCAAGGAACCUGCUGGGUCUGUGGGUGAAAUUUUAUGCUCUGACUUCAAAUUUACUACCCCUUGACACUUUGCUAUGAUUAAAAAGCAGUGUUUGUCUGUAUGGUCAGCUGUGACAGUUUUAAAGCAUGCAGUAUGUGGUGAAUGUUACAAUCUAGGAAAUAAACUGUUUAUAACCA